AGAUAGUUUUAUCGAAUGUUUUGGUUAUCAAUAAGUUGACAAAUUUUUAAAAAAUAUUAUCCCAAAUAUUACGUUAGUCUUUAUAAUUAAUCAAAUUAGUUGUAAGGUUUUAAUUAUUUUAUAGCUUAGAAAUAAUUUAUCAUGUCUUGUUACACAUUUAAUCUUGAAAUGCGAAAAAUUAUGCAUUCAUUUUUUGGGAUGAAUGAAUAUUUUACGGAGUAUUUUAAAGAACGAGAAUUGAUGGGUGAAGUAUAUGUGACGUUUAAUAAGAAAGAAACAUCCGAAGAAAAGUUUUUGUACACUUAUAAUUUAUUAAAAGAACAUAAACAAUUACCUGAUAAAAUUACGAAAAUGUGUGGUAAAAGCAAUAAAAUUGCACGAAAUAUUCGAGAAGAAGCUAACAUUCUUUUUGCCAAAAAAGACUACGUGAAAGCAUACUGUUCUUAUAAUAUUAGUGUAAUGACAGCUAAAAUAGGUAGCCCUGAUUAUGCUAUAGCACUAGCAAAUCGAUCAGCUUCCCUUUAUUAUCUCAAGGAAUAUGAAGCCUGUGUGUCUGAUAUUCAUCAUUCAAUAGAAGCCAAGUAUCCUCCUUCACUGUUUUACAAACUAUUUGAAAGAGAAGGUAAUUGUUUGAAGAAAUUAGGACAUAUGAAACUAGCUAAAGAAAAAUUCAAAGAGUGCCUUUUACAUUUAAAUGAAGCAAGUAUACCAAUAGAUAAGAAAAAAACAAUUGAAGCACAAAUUAAAAAUGUUUUGUCCAAUUCUAAAACUGAUAAUGAAGAAUGCAAGAUAUUUUUUGAAGAAAAAAAAAAUAUUAGUCUGUUGGGUGGUCCAAACAAAAAUAUACCAGCUUUAUCAAAAUUUGUUAAAAUAAAAUAUUCUGAAUCAAUGGGUAGAUGUUUAUUUGCAACAAAUAAUAUUAAUCCAGGAGAUGUUCUUACCAUUGAAAAACCAUAUGCUGGUAUCCUAUGUAAUGAAUCAUUUGGGUAUAACUGUGGCUAUUGUUUCAAACAAUGUUUAAAUGGUAUACCAUGUAAAAAGUGUACCAUGGUAAUUUAUUGUGACAAUAAAUGCCGUCAAAAGUCAUAUGAAAAUGGACACAAAUAUGAAUGUAUGUUUCAUUCAACUCUUGUUGAAUGGCCUGGAAUAGAACACAUGGAGUAUUUAUCCAUGUACAUAUUUUUGAAAACUGUCUCCAAGUAUGGUUUAGAAGAAUAUGUUUCACUAGUGCGUUCUUUAAAAGUUGAUAUGUCAGAUUCCAUUAUUCGAGGUUUUAAUAAGACUGGGCAAUAUUUAUCAGAAGAAUUUUGCUCUACCUACUCAUUAGAAGGCAAUGAAUCCAAAAGAACAGUUAGCGAUUUAUUUAUAAGGCAUUGUUAUGCCUCUGUUAUUGUAUCAUGUUUGAAAUUAGGUGGUUUGAAAAUACCAGAUGAUUUAUUAGGUAUUAUUGGAGAAUCAAUUGUUCAUUUACUUUGUGUAGUUGCUUCCAAUGCACAUGGUAUAACCCAACCUCCAAACCGUAAUAAUUGGAGUUUACCAGAAAUGAAAGAAUUUAUGCCAGUUGCUUCUAUAUUAUUGCCUACUUUAAGUUUGCUCAAUCACCACUGUGAUCCUAAUGUAGUGCGUCACAAUUACAAUGGCAUUGUUAUUCUUAGAGCUAUUCAACCAAUUCCUAAAAACUCUCAAUUAUUUGAUAACUAUUGUGCUGUAUAUGCUUCACACACUAAAGAGGAGAGACAACAUAUGAUAAAAAGACAGUAUUGUUUUCUAUGUGAAUGUCAAUGUUGUACAGAAAAUUGGCCAACCUAUGACGUUUUAGAAACUACUCAAACAUUAUUUCAGUACCCAUUAAUGGAAAAAAUCGAUCUAAACUUUUUAUUAAGUCAAUCAAGUAAAUUAUAUGAAAUAAUUUCAAAAAUGAAAAAAAAUGAAUGUGAUGGUAUUGAACACUUACCUUUUUUAUAUUCAUUUUUAACUAUAUUGCAUAAUCACGUGAAAAAGCCAUGGAUUGAAUAUUGUGACUGCCAAGAGACUAUUAAACAAGUACUUUACAUAACUACAGAUAAGUUCAUGAUAAAAAUGAGUUAAUUUUUAAUUAUUAAUUAGCUAUAAAUUUUUUAUAUGUGUAACUAUAAAAGGAUUGAUUAUUUUAGAAGUUUCAUUUUUUUUUUUACGAUAUCACAAGAAUAAGAAUGGCAGUUUUAAUUAUAAAUAUAUGCAAUUUUUAAAAAAUAAAUUAGAAAAAAUAAAAUAUUUAUAACUAUGUUUAUUUAAAAGUUUAAGUCUGUAUAAUACUAAACAUAGGUUUUUAUAAAUUUUUCUAAAACAUAUUUUUAAUGUAUGUUUUCAUUAAAAUACAAAAUGUUGAAUUGUGAAUAUUAAUAUAUGUUUUAAUUGUUAUAUACACAUUAUAAAAAAGUUAUUUGCUACGUAUCAAUUAUUUUCUUCAUUUGGAUUAUCCUCAGCAAGACUAUCGUCAUCUCCAGAAUCAACACUGUGUUCGUGCAAAAGAACAUAUU